AUGUUUAAGGCUUCACACCAAGCCAUUCUGAGAGCCCAUGGAAUUCGAUUUGGAAAUCUGAUAACACCACAAAUAAGGCCUUUGGCUGGGAAAGUACGGCCCCUCCCGAUAAAUGUAAAACUGCUGAAUCCCUACUUUGAGAAGAGAGCAUUUUCAAGCUGCUCGUUGCGAGCAUCCCAGCAGAAACUACCGACUAACGCAUCUACAACUUCGCUUCAAACGUCUACACCUUCGCCCAAAAAGAAUGGCUCAAAAGCACCCACAAUGUCUGAGCUGAAGAUCUUGAAGGAUCUGUUCAAGUACAUUUGGCCCCGGGGCGAUAAUAAAGUUCGCACACGCGUCAUAAUAGCAUUAGGACUUUUGGUGGGGUCCAAGCUGCUCAAUGUCCAAGUCCCAUUUUUUUUCAAGCAUAUUGUAGACUCCAUGAACAUCGAAUGGACAGACGCUACCUCCGUUUUGCCCAUCGCGAUCGGAACAAUGGUUCUGUCGUAUGGUGCAGCAAGGUUCGGGUCGGUGCUUUUCGGUGAGCUGCGUAAUGCCAUUUUUGCAUCAGUGGCCCAGAAUGCCAUCACCAAAGUGUCCAUUCAGACUUUUCAGCAUCUUAUGAAAUUGGACCUCGGAUGGCAUCUAAGUCGUCAAACCGGUGGCCUUACCAGAGCGAUGGAUAGAGGUACCAAAGGUAUUUCCUAUGUGCUGAGCGCCAUGGUCUUCCAUAUCAUUCCCAUUACCGUCGAGAUCGGGGCUGUUUGCGGAAUUCUUACUUACCAAUUUGGGGCUUCUUUUGCAGCAAUGACGUUCAGUACCAUGCUUUUGUAUGCCAUUUUCACAUUCAAAACGACGGCUUGGAGAACAGAGUUCAGAAAGUCGGCCAACAAGGCAGACAACAAGGCAGCUUCGAUCGCAGUCGACUCGCUCAUAAAUUUCGAAGCUGUCAAAUAUUUCAACAACGAAGACUUUCUCGCAAAAAGAUACCUUGAAUCUCUAACCAAGUAUAAAGACUCUCAAAUCAAAGUUGCGCAAUCACUAGCAUUUUUGAAUGCAGGCCAGAACUUCAUUUUUACGUCUGCUCUAACUGCCAUGAUGUACAUGGGAUGUACAGGGAUAGUUGAUGGCUCAUUGUCAGUGGGUGAUCUAGUUUUGAUAAAUCAGCUGGUUUUCCAACUAUCUGUGCCGCUCAAUUUUCUCGGAAGUGUUUAUCGUGAGCUAAAACAAUCGCUCAUCGAUAUGGAGUCAUUGUUUCGUUUGCAAAGAAAUAAAAUUAGCAUUCAGAAUGCGCAACGGCCUUUAAUGCUGCCGGAGAACCUGUCCGCCGAGAUUAAAUUCGAGAAUGUGUCCUUUGGCUACGAUCGAAAGAGACUAAUUUUGGAUAACGCCAGUUUCACGAUACCUGCGGGUUCCAAAACUGCCAUUGUGGGACCCUCAGGUAGCGGUAAAUCGACGAUUUUGAAACUUGUUUUUCGCUUUUUCGAUGCUUCUGAAGGGCGUGUGCUGGUAGACGGCAAAGAUGUCAAGAACUUGGAUAUUGAGACUCUGAGACGGGCAAUCGGGGUUGUUCCUCAGGAUACUCCCCUUUUCAAUGAAAGUAUAUGGGAAAACGUAAAGUUUGGUCGAAUCGGUGCUUCGGAUGAGGAUGUAGCCCUUGCAAUCGAGAAGGCGCAAUUACAGACUUUAAUCAAUGCCCUCCCUAAUGGCCGGGAUACAAUUGUCGGGGAGCGCGGAAUGAUGAUAAGUGGGGGGGAAAAGCAAAGACUAGCAAUUGCAAGGGUUCUGUUGAAAGAUGCUCCGAUAAUGUUUUUCGACGAGGCUACCAGUGCACUAGAUACACAUACGGAACAAGCAUUGUUGAGAACAGUGAAACAGAAUUUCACUUCGGGCUCUAAGACCAGUGUUUAUAUUGCACACCGUCUGCGAACCAUUGCUGAUGCCGAUAAAAUUAUUGUGCUGAACAAGGGUCAGGUCAGGGAAGAGGGCAAGCACGCUGAGCUACUUGCCCGCCCUGACUCGCUGUAUAAAGAGCUGUGGAACAUUCAAGAAGACCUGGAAGUCCUCGAAGAGGAACUGAAAGAAGAAGAGUCCGUGAAUGAUGCAAGCUUUAGGAAACGAUAA